AAGAGUGUAAGUAAGGGGCAGAGAAAAAUGCAGAUCUUCGUGAAAACUCUGACUGGUAAAACGAUAACCCUUGAGGUUGAAUCCAGUGAUACUAUUGACAAUGUCAAGGCCAAGAUUCAAGACAAGGAAGGAAUUCCACCUGACCAGCAAAGGUUGAUUUUUGCUGGUAAGCAGCUUGAAGAUGGCCGCACUCUUGCUGAUUACAACAUCCAGAAAGAGUCUACUCUGCAUUUGGUGCUGAGGCUUCGUGGUGGAAUCAUUGAGCCAUCUUUGAUGGCUUUGGCUAGGAAGUACAAUCAGGACAAGAUGAUUUGCCGCAAGUGCUAUGCUCGUUUGCAUCCACGUGCUGUUAACUGCCGCAAGAAGAAGUGUGGGCACAGUAACCAGUUGAGGCCUAAGAAGAAGAUCAAGUAGAUGGUGAUUUUGAAUUCCUGUCAACUUUUAGUUGCUAAUUUUGAGAUCCUUGUGAAACUGAUUAGAUAUAUUAUUGUGUUACCCGUUCAAAUUACCCUAAACAUUGAUGGAUUUGUGUUUGCGCUAUAUCAAAGUUUUUGAGCUACUUUUCAUA